GCGUUUGGUUUCGUGCUGUUUGUUCUAUAUCAUUGUUUUAUUUGUUUAUAUUUUCUCAUAUUUUAACACGCAGAAAUGAUUAUUUAGUGAUUGAAACUACCGUAGAGUAGUCGCCGAACGUUAAGAUGAAGUUGGUUUUCGCGUUUCUGUUAAUUUUCUACCUCAAAAAUGCACACGGGGCUCAGCAGCACGGUUCGACCAAAAUCAGUUACGACGAUGCUAUCCCUCAUCACAACAAAUGCCAGCCUAUUACCGUUCCUUUUUGCAAAGGAAUUCCUUAUAAUGAGACCAUUCUACCGACGUUAUUAGGCCACAACACUCAAGAAGAGGCUGGACUGGAGGUUCACCAAUACUUUCCUUUGAUUAGUGUAAACUGCAGUGUUGACAUACAGUUCUUCUUAUGUUCAGUGUUUCUGCCUGUUUGUACUAUCUUAGAUCACGCUCUUCCACCUUGUCGUUCUUUGUGUUUGCGCUCCAAAGAGGGAUGCGAGGGUCUCAUGAGCAAUUUUGGCUUUCACUGGCCUGAAUUCUUGAAUUGUGAUAGAUUUCCUGACAACUCUCAACCAGAAGUGCUUUGUGUCGGGGAGAACAAACUCUCGGCCCCUUCAAGUACACAAAGUUCCAGUGCCUCAAAUUCCAACCAACGUACAAACAACUUCCACGUGCCUCUGCAUGGUAAAAAUCUGGGAUUCGUUUGUCCCGAACAGUUCAAAGUUCCUCCAGAUCUAGAGUACAGUUUCAGAGUGAAGGAUAAAGUUGAGAAGAAUUGCGGUGCUCCAUGUCAUAUGAUGUUUUUUAAUGAAAAAAAAAUACAGUUUUCUAGGGUAUGGGUGUCAAUAUGGUCAGUUCUUUGUUGUGCUAGUUGUUUCUUUACUGUAAGUACCUUUUUGAUUGAUACUGAUAGGUUUAGGUAUCCAGAACGCCCAAUAAUAUUCUUGUCAAUUUGCUAUUUUAUGAUAGCAUGUGCCUAUUUGGUAGGGUUCUUUUCUCAGGACUCUAUAGCUUGUAGAGAGCCCUUUCCAUCGAAACAUGGAAAUAUAACUGUCAGUACUAUUACUCAAGGCACCAAACACGAAAGUUGUACCAUUUUAUUUAUGAUAGUGUAUUUCUUCAGUAUGGCUAGUAGUAUUUGGUGGGUUGUUUUGACUCUUACUUGGUUUUUGGCUGCCGGUUUGAAAUGGGGACAUGAAGCGAUUGAAGCUAAUUCACAGUACUUUCAUUUAGCGGCAUGGGCAAUACCAGCUAUAAAGACUAUUACUAUUUUAGCCUUAGGAAAAGUUGAUGGUGAUAUUCUCAGCGGAGUGUGUUAUGUUGGAAUAUGGAACGUGGAAGCAAUGAGAACUUUUAUUCUCAUCCCAUUGGUCAUCUAUCUGAUUAUAGGAACCGCUUUUUUGACCAGCGGAUUUGUCUCUUUGUUCCGUAUUCGUACAGUGAUGAAACACGAAGGAACCAAAACGGAAAAAUUGGAAAAGCUGAUGAUAAGGAUAGGAAUAUUCUCGGUGCUUUACACUUUACCUGCUUUGAUCGUUAUAGGAUGUCUGUUCUAUGAAAGUACUUACUUUGACGACUGGAUGGCCACUUGGUGGACUGAUAUUUGCAGGAAUACAAAGUAUUCAGUACCUUGCCCGUUGCCAGUGAAAAAACAGAAAAAGAGUUAUCCCCGUUUUGAAGCCUUCAUGAUCAAAUACCUGAUGACGAUGAUUGUGGGCAUCACGUCCAGCGUGUGGAUAUGGUCGGGCUUCGGGAAGACCGUGCACAGCUGGAAGGUGUUCUUCAACAGUCUGAGAAGACGACGCGUCGAAGCCUACGUGUGAACCAAGCUUUAGUCUCGUUCGUAAGCAAUUUUUUUUAAUAAGCUGCAAUAUUUUUUAAACUAUAACUUAUAGCAAUUUAUUGAUGUUUUUUUUUUAAAAGAAGUGAACAGUAGGGUUUAGGAUACAUAGCGAACAAGGGAAGACAGUAUCUGUCAAAUUAUAUUAUACAGGAUGAUCCAAGUUUUUGUAGUUAUCUUUUUGUUUCCAAAGAAAAGUUGCUUUUUUGUGUCGUUAAAACUGGACCACCCUGUAUAUAGUUGGUAAAAAAACCUUUUUUUCGACUACACACAAGGUUUUACUUGAUACGUUUUGACUGAACGGUUAAGACUGACAGGCAAAACGUUAUGUAUAGACUUGGCUUUAGGAAUCUGACAUACUUAAAAAAAACAAAUAAUCUUUUUUUUUUUGUUUUUUUUUCGCAAUACUAAAACAAAAUCACCCUAGAAUUAAGUAUAUCCAAUAAAACAAUAAUAAUUAGAUAAUCUUAGACUAUCUUAAUUAUUUUAUUUUUGGAUUAAAUUUGAAGUUUAAACAGGUGAUAAGUCCGUGUUAUCUGAAGCAGACAUCAAUAGUACUCAAAUUAUCCUUAAUUGUUUUUUAUUAUCAGUAUUAUAUUAGAGAUAUUAUUCUUUAUAGUUUAUAUGCCUUUUUACUUAUUUUAUUUGACUGUAAAAUCGUAGGAAUGUUUAAAAAAUUUCUACAAAAUGUGUAGAAUCUCAAUAGAAAUGAAGAUAUUAAGAAAAAACAUUAAUCUGUGAUAGCACAAUUGGUUCGUUAUAAAUAAUGUAUCCGUGAUAUUUUUGAUCAAAAAGGAUUUUUUUAAUAUACAGUGGGUACAAAAAAUUACCUGUGUAUAUGUUUUAAUUUCCUAUAAAAAUUUCUCAGAAAUGAUAAUGAUUUUACUGAAUCUCAGAAAACAUUUGUAUGUUUUUACCGAAAACUUUUUAAGUAUUUUUUUAUACAGGGUGUUUCUUAAAUAAGUGGUCCCCCAUAAACACGUCCUUGAAGUUUUUUGCAAUAAAAUGAAAAUUUUACUUUUUUCGGGAAAUUUUAAAAAACUUUUCAGAGCCACAGGUUCAUUCUCCUGAUAUUUCUCGACAGUGUAUUUUGCUUUGCAGUGUUUUUUUUUGCUUUGCAGUGUUGCACUUUGCACCACCUCUUACGUUACCCACAUUAUGUAAUUUAUAUUUUUAAGUUUACAAUAAUUUUAAUUUUCUACAAAAAAAAUAGAUAAUAAAGUUUCGCAAGUUGUUUUAUGUUAAAUGUAUACUUUCUUUUUGAAUUGGCAACACUGGAUGUCAAAUAAAAGAUUGCCGAUAGAUACCGGAGGUUCUCAAAAUGUAGGCUUAAUUGAAUGACUUGGUUUUGAUUAUUUUCAAUUUAUUUAUAAUAUGCUUUUCUUGUCCAUCCCUACCACCACUUUAAAAAACUAGCAAAUAUUUAAGAAACACCCUGUAUAUUACGGAAAAUUAGACCAGUUUACUCUUAACCUAUUUCACAUUUGUGAGCUCCCCUGUAUACAAAGCCACGUAUUUAUUAUUAUUUAACAACUUUAUUAGCAAUUUUAUAAAGAUACAGAAAUUUUGUCAUAAAUAAAAAUAGGUAAGUUAAUUUUGAAAAAAUGACGAGCCAAGUAAUGAUAUCUAGAGCUUGACCUCGCUAAAAUUAGCAUCGAUUGUCUUUCCCUAGCAUUCUAUGAAACCGUUUUUUGUUUCUCUUAUAUUGAAUAACUUGUUCGCUAUGUACAAUAGAAUUAAAUUUUAUUUUAAAUCGUUUCUUAUAGUGUUUUGGUGAAUUUUUUCACUAAAUGUACUAGGCAAUGCCUUUUUGUGACCCAACCUAGCUAAAAAUGUUGGUUAUAACAAUUUAAUAUGAAACUUAGUGCAAGAAAAUCAAUACAAAGUCGAUACAAUUUAUUUUAGUUUUUUAAAAAAGCUAAUGAUGUUCAGGCUAUUCCAAAGAAAUAUUUAGAUGUGGAUAGCGCAAUUUUUUUAUACUGGCCAGAGUAUUAUAUGAAAUUAUUAUUUUUAAUAAUUCUGGAUAUGUACCGAUUUGUAUUAUUGUUCGUUUGUAAAAAAAAUAGGUGCUAACAAAUUAAAUAGUCAUGAUUAACCCUGUAUAAAUAUACAUCUGUUUAGUAAGCGAAAUCAUAUAGAAACCUAGAAAAAAAAUUCUUUAAAAUUUUACAUAACUUUUGAGUGCCACCGGGUUAUUCUGAUUAGGUUAGCUGUGUUGCCAAACCAUACAUUAAUUUUAGGAGUUUCAAGAAAUUAUACUAGACUAUUAUUAUCUGUAAAUCUAUCUACUUCAUUUAUUUAGGAUUCACCACAGAUCAGUAGUAUUGUAUUAUUUAAUUUGUUGGCCACCUAUUAGUGUUAUUUCUAAGUAUUUAAACAUAUUCUGCUGUCCCUAGUUUAGUUUUUAAGUCUUUUUUAAUCAAAAUUUUGUUUCAAUCCCCGAACAAUAUACAGGGUGUUUCAAAAGAUUAAAGAGCAAUUUGUUUAUCAGAGUUUGAGAAAAAAGAUUUUUUUUUAGUCAGGUAUAACUGAAAUGUAUCAGAAUACUUUUUAAGUUUAAAUUAUUUAAUACAGAUUAAAUAUUAUUCUACGAUAAAUUAUACAAUACUCUGUAUAAAAAUCAUAAAAAUAAUAAUAUAAUAAGUAAAUUUGAACAGUUUGUAAUAAUAAUAAAUAAUGUUAUUAUGCCU